UUAUUCAUAUUAGUUAAAUGCUUGAUUUUGGUGUGUUUGUUAAACCCGCCAACGGUAUUUAUAAAUUAAUAUUUAAUAAUGAACAUUGAAUAUUAAGCGUUACGUUUAAUCCAUAUGAAAGAAAGACCAAUCAUUCAUCAAAAUGUGCUCGCUUGCGUUCAGAGAAGUUACACCUUAUGCAGAUAUUGAUGAACAAUGGAAUGAUAUUACAAUUAACGCCGGUGCUUCUCAAAGUACCUUGCAAGACAUAAAAUUACCUGAAGUAGCUGGAUGUUUUACCUAUCAAGACAGUCGAGAUUUAACAUCUAUCUGUAGCAACAGGUUUAUUUAUUGGCGCACCAAUCAUGAUGUUAUUGAGCUUGUCGAAGUAUCUCUCGACGUUAAUUUACAAAGCAAUCGAUUGCGUCUAAGAUUUCAAAACACCCCGAUUUUACGAGGAACUAGUAUCCAUGAGCACAAUGAUCAUGUUGUGUUAUUGGUUGCUACAGUCAGUGCUAUUCAUAAACUUGUAUUUCCUCAUCCCAAAUCAUUAGAGAGUGAUAACUUUUUAACGAAUUCGAAAUAUUAUCUAUCACCAUCCAUAUUUUUUGAUACUACGAGUCUUGCAUUGCGAAAUAGAAGUUGUAACUUUGUUUUAAAUAAUGUGUCCAUCGGAAUUCCAUUGCCUCAUACAUCUUGCUCAUGGCUUAAUUCAAAUGGUAGCGCAACUUUCAUUUUGGCUAACAGUGCAGGAUCUGUUUUAAUGGUUGUUAUGUCUAAUAAACAAGAAGUUGAAAUCACCACUACUGAAUUGAUGAAGACAGGAUCUAUCUCUCGAUGGAUUAACGGCCUAGUGCCUACUGUUAUGCGAAACAAUAAAACUGAAGUUGCAUUGAGUAUAGUUUGCCACGAUAAUAAAGAUAUGUCUGAUGUCUUGAUAUUUUCCCUAUUUAGUGAUCUGCAAAUACGAAUUUGGUCUAAUAAAAAACAAGAUUGCAUUUUAGCUGAUUCAAUUUUGAAUUAUGGUAGUGAUAAUAAAGUUUUAGCUGGAAAUUUUACAGCCCAUCAGUGCCAUCUAAGAAAAUCUGCCGCCAACAUAAGAGGAAACUUCUAUUUAGGCGUCUAUGUUCCAAUUCCUCAUCAAAAAAUAUUUUAUGUUUUUCAACCAAUAUUUGAUAACGAUCGUUGUAAGUUGUCCUUAGUCACAAUUUUACAUCAAACCAAUCACGAUUUAGUAGAUUUUUGCAUUGGAGAAAAAUGCAUAUGGACCUUGUGGCUUAGCUGUGAAAAUCAACCUAUAGUAUUAACUGCACUUUUUGACAGUGAAAAUAAAUCAGAGCAUAGAUUGAGCUGGUUACCAGUAAGUCUUGAACCUAGAGUUUCAAGCCAGGUUGAUUGUGGCUCUUUGAAUAUUCAAGAUCAAUAUUUGAAAGAAAUAUUUAAAGUUGGAAGAUUUUUGCCAUCUACCAUCAGCAAAGCUAUUUCUAUAUUUAGCUCUUCUAGAAAUCUUAAUGAAUCAAUGCACACUUUUAGAAAAUCUGAAGAGUUGAAGAAGCAAGUUAUUGAAACUGUUAUGUCUGAAAUAAUGAUGAUUGCUGGUGAAACUGAGAUUGGUGAUGAAAUAUUUGUAAAGAUAUCUAAAGAUAGUUGGUCUCGUUUCUUUUCUUACUGUAUUCAAUAUCACGAAGUAGGCAUGAAACCAUUGGGUAUAUCACUUGACCCUAAAACUGGCUCUGUGGUUAUUGUCAAGAAAAAUUUCUUCUCUUUACUUUGUCCUUGUGACUCACUAGAUAUACUCAUGAUUCCAAGUUUAAGAUCAUCUUCUUAUUUUAUGGACUUGUUAGAAGAAGAUGAUAAAAGAAUAUAUUCAGCAUUAAUGAGUGUCUUAAGUGGUAUAGAUUUAGUGGAAGAAAAUUUUGAUCCUAAACAGCUCCAGCGGUUCAAUGAUCGAAAGAUUGCAUUGGAGUCGACAUUACAGUACGCAUUAGAAAUUUGUGAAUCUUUAGACUUGGAACAUGAUAGUAGACUUUGUCAAGAUUUGCAAUCAUUGGUACCUUCUGGUAUUGAUGCAGUGCUUUGUCUCCAAUUCUUGUUAAAAAAAUUGGACCUUUCAUCAGAGAUAGGUGAGUUAUCAGAUGCUACGCAAUUUUCUACUUUUGCUGGUAGCACUUAUGGAAUUGGUGCUCUUUGUGCUGGCUUAUCUCAUUUUGCCAAACAGCGUUUUGACUUCUGUAGAAAUAUGCUUCUCUUUACCAUUGCGCUUUGGAGAUCAGAUAACUUAGAUUGUGAACAUUUAGAUGGGGAUGCCAUGAAGUAUCAAAUUGUACCUACCAUUGAAAAUCUCUUACGGUCUUAUUAUAUUGUUUGGUGGUCUACUGUAAGUGAGUGUUCACCCGUAUCUGCUUCGAUUCAGGAUGCAGCUUUCAAACAGUUCUGUGUCUUAGAAUUGCCAGAAUUUAUCGAUGCUGACUUGAAAAAUAUUAAAUCGGGACAAACAGUCUGUUAUUUAUUUUUUCAAGAAGAAGGAGGUGUUACAGUUAGAAAACUCAUGGAAUCUAGACUAUCUCCUCUGUAUUUUGAAGAUGGGUGGAAGUACCUGUUUCCUUCCCUUGUGAUUUCUGCAGCUAAUCUUCUUUGGCCCGGUGACAGAAAUGUGGCAUUUCCAGAAUUUUUAUUCACACGAUGUCAAUAUAUCCCGCUGCUAGAGUAUGAUAGUCUUCUGCAAGUUUGGUCACCAUUAAACAAACAGUUUUUAAACUUUCUUGUUGCAACUAGCUGUUUAAUAUUAGGGGACUCCCAAAAAGCUUUGAAAAUAUUCUUUGAAGUUUCAAAGAAAAUAGAGGAUGAUACAUAUUUCUGCAAUAAAUGGAUUAAAAGGAAUUACAGCUCAGCAUCUUCUGUUACGAGCCAAGUUUGCAUGCGAGUAGUUCGAAUGUUAGAGCAGUUUUCUUUAUCCGAGUGUAUAGUAAAUUUUACUGGUACAGCUGUUAAUGAAAUUAGCAAGAAUGAUCCUAACAUUCCUAUAUUUUACUCUAUACUCUUUAAACACAAUUUGAAUCUAAAUCGAACUGAAGAAGCAUUUGUUACCCUCAUUAAUAAUCCAGAUCCUUCGAGGCGUAAAGAUUGCUUACGACAGUUAGUGGUGCGGCUUUGUGAAACGAAACAGUUUCAAAAAAUAAUUGAGUUGUCUUAUGAAGAAGAGAUAGUUUCUAUAUUGGAAUCAAGAGCAAGGUGUUCAGAUCUCUGCCAUAAUACAUCAUUUUAUGGUGUAUUGUAUGCUUUGCAUAUUGACAAUCAUAAGUUCAGAAAAGCAGCAACUGUUAUGUAUGAAUUAGCUAUGAGAUAUAGCAGAGAAGUUGUAAGCUUAAAAGGAUUGAAAAAGCAAGUAUCAUGCUAUUUAGCAGUCAUUAACUGUCUGCAUUUAGCUGAGCCUCAGUAUGCUUGGAUUGUAAAGCCAGCUAUUAAUGUCGACAUUUUUGAUGAAGAUCCCAGAAGUUCUCCUAAAAGAAAUUCUGAGGGAUGUGAAGUAUUACAGUCUACUCGUCCUGUUAAAGUUGAGGUGUUAGGUCUUCCAGAUAUUGUAAGAGAAUAUAACUUAGUUCAAGCUCGUCUCACCUAUGUUCGAAAGUAUGGAGCCUGUUCAAGUUUUGCAAUAACUCCAUUGACUGCUGAAGACACGGUGGCAUUACUUUUAGAUGGUUGUCUUUUUGAACAGGCUAUUCUCUUGUCCAAAUCUUUUUCGCUUUCGCUGGUUCCUGUGUUCGAAGCUUUAACUUAUAGGUGUAUCAGCUCCAUGUUACAAUCAGAUACAUACAAUAAUGACGAAUUUGGAAAAGAUAUUUUUAGUAAAGCUUCUUCAACCAAUGUUGAGGUUUUGUCUCAACGGAUUAAAGUUCAACAGCACAUUUGGGACGAUUUGCAACAGUAUCUUUUAGAAAAUGAAUUGGAUGGUAAAACUGAGCUUCAUAGAUGUGUUACUGAAAAACUUCUUGCUAAUGGCGCAACUGUACCAGCCUGGCUAAAGUUGUCGUAUCAGAAACUCAACUUUACUGAGAUGUUGGCUUUAUAUAUUACAUACGGUUUUCUUGAAGAAUCUGUCAUUCUUUUGACUAAAUAUAUAAAAGCUGUACUUGGUGUAAGAAGAGAGGAUUUUAAUAUGAAAUUUUCUUUACAUGUUACAUCUCCUGCUGUUUGGUUACCUCAUACAUAUAUUGAUAUUUUACUUGAUGUUAUUAGUUCUGGUAAAAGUGAACAUUUUAAAGACAUUUGCGAAGAGUUCAACAACACUUUAGAAGAAUAUAAUAGACACAUAGAGUUGAUUUCUUCAACAAAAUUAUCAAAUUGUAUGACUUAUGCAUGAGAGUGAUUUUGUAACAUAGUUCCCCAUUCAUGUUGAUAAGAAAGUUUUAUUUUUUAUUUGGUUGCAUUUUUUCCUCAGUUAAGGCUUUAUUUUAAUAUUUUUUUUUAGUUUGUCAAAAAUAUUUUGAUAGUGUUUUAUGUCUACAAAAUAUGUAUCUAAUUAAAUGACUUUUAAUUUAACUUGUGUUUUGAAUUAAACAUGUUCUUUAUACUGCCAAUUUCUAUAUGUAUUUAUUUGAUUAAUUUUUUCAAUUUAUAAUUUAACUCAAGUUUAAUGAUAUAAAUUUGUAUAUUUCUUAAUAAAAUUAAACAGCUUUUAGCUAAUUUUAUCUUGUUUUUUACUUAAUUCAUUUAAAUAAUAGUUUAAUAGAAUUUUUUAGACUACUUUUAUGAAUUUUUACAACUUUUUUCAGUUAUAAGAUCUUUAUGUGAUAGCCAAAUUUAAGGAAAUAAGAUUUUUGCUUUUUUAUUAAUAUUUAAAAAGAAAUAAAAGAAUUUAUUUCUUUUUAGAAUUACUUAACUAUAUUUGCUUUGCUAGUUUCAAACAUAAAAAAUCACAUUAUUUGCUUCCACAAAUUUAAGAGAUUUAGUGAAACUAAACUAUGAAAUAUUUCAUUACACAAUUCUUUCAUAUCAUAGCUUAAAUUUUUUAAUGUUUUGAAAUGGUCUCGUAUCGACAUGAAACUUUCAUUUCAACCUGCAUUCUAUUCCCCUUAGAAAAAAUCUCAUGUUUCAUCAUCAUUUAGGGAAAUAUUUUUAUAUUUCCUCUACCUAUGAAAUAAUCAAAGAGAAAAAUCCCUUAACACAAUGAGCUCAGAUUAAAGGAAUGAAGUAGAAAUUUCGAUCUGAGCAUCAUUAUUUCUAUUUUAUACAAAUUUACUUGUUAAUUAAGAAAAAAGGAAAUAUUUAAAUUCUUGAAACUAUGAAGUUUAAAUUUACAGCUUCUAGAACUUUAAGUUCAUUAAAAAUUGUUUAUUAGUUAAAAAUAAAUGUUUUAUAAUAACAGUGUAAUACUCGAGCAAAUCCAUUAACACAAAAUAUGUACUACCCAUGUUCAAUAUUAUUUUCAGCAUACAAAGUUGAAAUUUUUUGCUUUUGGAGUAAUAAAAUAUUAAAACAAAAGUGAUUGUACAUUAGUUCUAUAGUUUGCUUUUACCCUUUUUUGAGUUUUAUUUUAAACAAGUUUUUCAUGUGUUAUAUAUUAUCUGAAGGAGAAAGGAUGUAUCAUAAGAGCAUUGUUACCAUUUAAAAAUUUAAGUUAUUCUGUUCAUUUGUACAUGAUUGUUAAAAUCAGCUGUGGAGAGAAUAAUUAAAAUGUUACACACCUGUCGA